AUGGAGGAGGAGGAGGAGGAGGAGGAGGAGGAGGAGGAGAGGAAAGUAGUGCCUUAUUGUGUUGCGAAUGGGUACAAAGAAGGCGCUCGGCAAUGGCACUCCUCAACUUCCCUGCAUCGAGUGCUGAUUGAUGGUGUUGUCCAGACCGCUAGUGCGAUGCGGACGGUGAACGUGUGGUCUGUCACUCCCCCGCUGACACAAGGCGAGGCGACGCAAGAUCUGCCACCUCCUUCAACCCCUGAGCUGUUUCCAGAUGAUGUUAAUGGACCAUUCCUUCACCUCUGUCUCAAUGGAGGAGUUAAUCGUGACACUUUAAAUAUUGGCUUAAUUUUUUUGUCAGAUUUGCUUGUCCCAAAAUGUGUAUUCACUUGA